CCACUUACAUGAGUUUUGAACAGUGUGGCAGCUAGCAUAACACUAUUACAGCACCAGUGACCCAGGUCCCAGGAGUUUGUACAUUCUCCCUGUGACCACAUGGGUUUCCCCAGCGUGUUCUGGUUUCCUCCCACAGUCCAAGGAUGUACACGGUUACUUGGUCACAUGAGUGUAAUUGGAUGGCAGGAGCUGAUUGGGCUGGAAGGACUUGUAACUAACUGUGCCCUAUCUCUAAAUAAAUUCUCUGGUAUGAGGUAGUCUUUUGAUAAUACAAGCUACCUCGUUAUGACCUUGCACCUUAUUGUCUGCCUGCAGUGUAAUUUCUCUGUAACUGUUGCGCUCUGGUAUUGCUGUACUUUGUCCUGUGUAAUGAAUCCGUAUGCAAGAUAAGAUUUUUACAAUACCCGGGGUCGUGUAGGCCGAUGGAAUCUCCCGUCACACGGACUACACCUCCCAGAAAGCCCUGCGCGCCCGGUACUCCCUGAUGGCGCAGCUCGGCGCACCGUCGCGCAGGCGCGGGUCGGCGGACGACAACGGCUGUGUCCGGCCGCUGAGCGCUGCGGAGAGGAUGAGUGGCCGGGAUUCCCCGGACGGGCCUGAUGGCAGCCUGGACGCCGCUUCCCUGCCGGCGUCAGGCCUGAGAUGUCAGGAGAGCUACGCAUGCAGCGGCUCAGAGGCGGCCUUUGAGUGCGAUGAGUGCGGCAGCUUGCAGUGCGGCCGCUGUGAGCGGCAACUCCACGCCCAGGCGCGCUUCGCCGAACACGAACGGAGGCGCCUACAGCCGGGCCACGUCCCUUACUGUGACCAGUGUCGCAGUUCGGCCUCGGGGCCCGCUUCGUCCGCCCGGCCCAGGGCCAGCGCCCGCUGCCAGAGCUGCCAGCUCAACGUGUGUGUCGAUUGCCAGCGCCGCAGCCACGCAAACCGGCGCAAGCACCUGCUGCUCGUCUACCCCCCGCCGCCCGAGGCCGGCCGUAGCCCCGACGAGCAGCAGCCGAUCGAGCUCACCAACAGUUUCUUGCUGGUCGACGAGAAGGAGGAGAUCCGGGUAGCAGAUGAAGAAGAAUUUAUUCAAAAACUUGCUUGCAAACCAGAUGAAAACCUGAAGGUUGUUUCAAUCUUUGGCAACACUGGUGAUGGGAAGUCUCAUACCCUCAAUCAUACGUUCUUCAGAGGUCGUGAAGUUUUCAAGACCUCACCAACACAGGAGUCUUGCACUGUUGGAGUAUGGGUAGCCUAUGAUCCUGUUCAUCACAUUAUUGUCGUCGACACUGAAGGAUUACUGGGAGCUACUACUAACCUAAGUCAACGAACAAGAUUGCUACUUAAAGUACUUGCUAUAUCUGAUACAAUUAUUUACAGAACUCAUGCAGACAGAUUACAUAAUGACCUCUUUAAAUUUCUUGCUGAUGCAUCUGAAGCUUACCUUAAACACUUCACAAAGGAGUUGAAAGCUACCACUGCAAGAUGUGGGUUGGACGUUCCAUUGUCUACAUUAGGACCAUCUGUCAUUAUCUUUCAUGAGACUGUGCACACUAAGUUACUAGGAUCAGAUGGGCCUUCAGAGCUUCCAGAAAAACUGCUACAGGAGCGAUUUCAUAAGCUGGGGCGCUUUCCAGAAGCCUUUAGUUCCAUCCAGUACAAAGGCACCAGAACAUACAAUCCUCCAACAGACUUUUCUGGAUUGUUGUGGACUGUUGAACAGCAGCUGAACAACAACACGACUCGCUCUCCCAGACCCCCAGGAAUUAUCUUUAAGGCUUUAAAAGCUUUGAGUGAGCGUUUCUGUGGAGAAAUAGCAGAUGACCGAAUGGCUUAUAGCUGCUUCUUCCCUGAUGAAUAUUUUACUUGCUCCUGCACGUGUCUCAGCUGUGGGGUUGGCUGCAAGAACAGUAUGAACCAUGCAAAGGAUGGCAUUCCUCAUGAAGCUCAAAGCCGCUGCAGCUACUCACACCAAUAUGAUAACAGGGUGUAUACUUGCAAGGCUUGCUAUGAGCGUGGAAAAGAAGUCAUUGUGGUGCCAAAAACAUCUGCUUCCACAGACUCUCCUUGGUUGGGCCUCGCCAUAUAUGCCUGGUCAGGGUAUGUGAUUGAGUGCUCAAACUGUGGGAUCAUUUAUCGGAGUCGACAGUAUUGGUUUGGUAACCAGGAUCCAGUGGACACUGUAGUAAGAACAGAAAUUGAGCACGUUUGGACAGGAACUGAUGGAUUUCUAAAGGACAACAACAACGCUGCCCGUCGAUUGCUGGAUGGAGUGAAUUUUAUGGCACAAUCAGUUUCAGAAUUUAGUGCCAAACCGACAAAGGUAGUGACGGCCUGGCUGACAGAUCAGAUUGCACCCUCCUACUGGAGGCCCAACUCUCAGAUCAUUAACUGUCAUAAGUGCAAUAAACCUUUCGAAGACCAGGAAGCAAAACACCACUGUAGAGCCUGUGGUGAAGGCUUUUGUGAUGGCUGCUCAUCGAAAUCCAAGCCGGUACCAGAGCGUGGCUGGGGAUCGGUCCCUGUACGGGUGUGUGAUGAGUGUUAUGAAAGAGCAGUAGUUGAAACAGAAGCUGCAAAUGAAGACGAUGAACGUGGUACAAUAAUAGCACGGAAAGUCGGGGAAGCUGUGCAGAACACCUUUGGAGCUGUAGCUACAGCAAUAGAUUUUCCAUUAGGACUAGUGAAAGAUGCUGCCAGACCUUCUUAUUGGGUGCCUGACCACGAGAUCACUGACUGCUUCCAUUGUCGGAAAGAGUUUACCCCAAAAAUGUCCAAGCAUCACUGCCGAGCCUGUGGACAGGGUUUCUGCAAUGAGUGCUCCCAGAACAGGCGCUCAGUCUCCUCCCGUGGAUGGGAUCAUCCUGUGCGAGUGUGCAUAAACUGUUACCAAAAGGCAGGUGAUCUUUGAGCAACAGUUAGAAAGAACAUCCUAAUAGGGAAUUUUAAGCUGAACUAUUUAUUACAUAUACACACUUAAAGUGGAAUUUAGUUGUUAAUACAGUUCCUAAUCUUGCUUAUUAAAAAUGUUUACUUCGUAAGGCUUCUGGAGAAUAAUCAGACCACAACAGAAAAUUGGUCAAAUCCUUUUCUUCAUUAGAAGACUGAAUAUCGAGGUAACUGGUGGAAUGGUAGGUAAAGACAAUUUUUCAAAGUGUGAAGUGGCAUACUUAAAACAAAAAUGGAGGAGUGAAAAGUAAUUUAUACAUAUUUGAAAGUGGCAUAUGUGGAAAAGGCACUUGAAAAAACACAGGAUCCUUUAGAAACUUGAUGUAGAAAAGUUGGAAGUCACCUUUGACUGUCAUCCUGAUUCUGAUUUAGCUGAGAGUAUGGCAGUGAAGGAAUUAAAGCAAAUUGAUGUGAUGGACAAUUUAUGCAUUAUGACCUGCAAAAAAUUAGCAGAGUGAAUAAUUUGUAGGUUUAGUGGAGAAAGCAAGAAGUGCUGUUUCAUCAGUCCCUCUUCCAUAGAGGUUUCUGAGGGAACAUUCAGAGAAGGAUGCUGAUGGGAACAACUUGUAAUGUGGAAACCAUUACUGAAGAAUCCGUGUGAGGCUGAAAACUCUUAACAUGAUCACUUCUCAUCUCUGUUUAAAUGAAAACAAACAAAAUGCUGGAAGCACUCAGAGUCGUUGGUAGGAGAAGCAA